AGCUGCACGCCCGAGAAGCUGUUCUCCUACUUCGGCAACAACGACUUCGCCCCCUUCAACAUCACGUACAGGUGGGCGACCGAGGACCUCGAGGGCGUGAGCAACAUCUACGACAACGCCACUCUCACCAUGCACCCCUUCGACGUCUCCACCACGCCCUGCAACACCUCGGACCCAGCCAUCCACUGCCGCUGUUCCGACUGCCUGCCCUCGUGCCCGCCGUCCCGAGUUCCCGCCGCCGACGCAGCAGAAGGAACCUCCUAUCCUGAGUGUGGACGCCCUCGCGCUCUCCCUCGCCCUCGCCUACGCUGUGGUUGCGACCGCCGUGGUGACCGCCUCUUGCUUCUGGAGUAAGGUGGACCAGCGAGGAGAAGAGCAACCGGACAACACGGGAGACCCUGGUUGGCAGGAGGCGCUCACGGCCGGCGUCGCGAAGGCCCUGAGGUUCCUGUUCUCGCAUCUCGGAAGGUGUAAGUCCC